AAGCCUUUUCCGUUCAACUGGGCCGAGAGUCUCAUAAUUUGUCAUUCUCCUCCAAAUCGGUAAAAACUACAAAAUAAAAAACCAAGAAAUUGUAGGGAAGAGAGACGGCGGAGAGUUUACAGAGAUUGAAUGUCGAUACUGUUUGAGAAGAGCGCGACGUGGAGGUGGCUGGUGAGGAGGACGAAGGAGUCCAAGCCCUUCUUCCUUGCCUUCGCCACUAUAUGCGGCGUCGUUCCGGGGGUGAUCGGGUACGGCGUGAUGCAGGUCACCAACACACGCAACCCCGAGCUCGAAGCCCGUCUCCGCCAGAACGCCCGCCCCGAAACCCUCAUGAUGGGGAAAGUAAAUCAAGAUAGACUGGCAGAAUUCCUUGGGGAGCUGCAGCGUAAAGAGGAUACAAAUGACCGUUAUGUUGCUGCUCUGAGAGGAGAAACAUUGACUAGGAAACCUUAUGUGCGAAUACAACCAAUCCCAAAAAAAAGCAACACUGGGGAUGACAAGGAGCAGAAGAAUAAGGACCAAAAGUAGAUGAGGAGGCAGCCAUUGACCUUUGAUUAUUCACAGAAUCAUUAAAUGCCACAAAUUUGUGGGGAUUGCACAACUGAUUUACAUAUAGUAUCUCAUUAUACCUAUAGAGUUUUGUGCCACUAGGUUUACUGUUUUUGAGACUGUUACAGACCUCUCUGUUGCAGUAUUAGUUUAUUUCUUUCUUUUUCUUUUUCUUUUUUAAAUUAGUUUGUUUCUUUUUCAUUUUGGAUAUUAUAUUAGUAAUGGAGUGAUUUGAUUUUACUCAUCAGA